CUUUUGUAUUACAGUACCUGGUACCGUACUGUACAGUGAAACUAACAGCACGAUAGGGGAAUCUCGAAUAGACAUUGACCAAAACGCGCUAGUUUGACCUUUAAUACCGAUAAUACAAACUGUUGCUCGUAACCAUACAGAAAGGAAAGGAAAUUCCAGAACAAUGUUGUACUCGGCAGCUAUGGCAGUCGCUCGAGUAGGAACGCUGCUGCUUGUUUUAAAUCAGGCCUCGUCGUUUGUUCCCAAGACCCCACUCCGGAAGUCUACAGUUUUAAAACCUACUAGGAUGUAUAUCUCUGGUCGUUGUUCGAACCAUAGCCAGAUUCGUCAUCAACAGCUGCGUGCAGCUAGCGCAGGAUCUUAUGAUGACAUGGAGUCGGAAGUGUUGAUUGAGAGACAAGACGAAGACGAAGAGCAAUCUUUCAUGGAAGAGAUUGGUGAGGAAACAAGUGAACAAAACGAGAAAACUUUUUCCGAAGAAGAAGAUCAGGAACAGUUACUAAUCGACGAGAGUCACAUGCGGCUCGCCAUCGAAUACGCCAAAUCCCAAACAGCGGGUAACAACAGUGCCUAUCCGAUGCCGACUGUUGGGUGCGCGAUAAUCGCCUCGGACGGGCAAGUUUUAGGUCUGGGUUGCUCCUCAUACAAGAACGAUGCCAUCCAAGAUGCACUGGAACAGACAGGGCUAGAUGUUAUGCCAUUGCGAGAGUGGUGUGUCACGUGGCCCGCCCAAGCGGCGGCCUGCUGGAAACUCCGUGACGAUUUGGCUUCGGCCACCCUAUACGUAACCCUAGAACCCCUUGCAAGCCGCCGGGGAGAAACUUUGCCACCAUUGACACAGCUCAUCGAGCUAAGUGGUGUCUCACGGGUUGUCAUUGGCACACCAGAUCCUGUCCCAGAACGAGCAGGAAUGGUAAGCUGAAAAAAAAAACAGCAAAAAGCGUUGUGUUUGCAAUCCCAAUUCAAAAAGGCCCAGGGAUUAUUGGUGUCAAAAAGGCACCCCUUAUAUAGAUUAGACGGUUCGAUUACAACAGUUCUCAUAAUGUUCGCGCCUUUUUCUCACUUCAUUCUCACCUUUCGCAUCUUCUGUGUUUUCUUCAUCUCUCCUCAGGGCUCCCAGAGCCUCCAUCGGCAAUCGGGACUCGAUGUUUCCAUGGGUAGCGUCCUCGAAUCCGAGUGCAGGGAGCUUGUGGAACCCUAUGCUGAGCGGACCAAUUCGAAGCUUCAGAUCUUGGCUCGUAAACACCGGGCGCGCACUGGACGCCCUCAUGGAUUGCUGCAUUGUAGUGUUGUCGAUAGUGACGACAUUGAGGCUUUUGCUCAGCUCGGAAACGCCUUCGGAAAAUUAUCUGGAGGGCAAACCCUUUCAUUUCGCGAUUUUGGGAGCUACGAAAUGGCACCCCCACCCGAACAAAUUUGGGCAGAGGGUGAAGGUGAGGAGGAAGAAAAUCUUUUUCCGGAACUGGAGGUUGAAGACGACAUCCAGGUUGAUGGCGAUGACGAUGAUAUUGACUCCUUUUUCCGGGAUAGUGCAGAAACAAAGCGAUCUAAUAGUGGCAACGUAAUCAUGCCAUGGUAUUCACAAGUCGACGCUGUAAUUGGAACUUUUCCUCGGGAGGGCAACAAUGGUAUGUAUCAUUAUAAAAUUUCGUUUGUACAUGUGCUACAAUUUAUGUUUCGUUUCGGGUUCGACGUUAUGUCCCACAACGACGAAAUGGCUGAAAUAUUUGCUAUAUUUGCUUGAUUUUGAUUUACUUUGAAUGUAAUGAUUUAUAGGUCCCAUGAAGGAGAAUAAUACUAUCAAGUCUAGGCUAAACGGCUUGAAAUGGCUCUCGACCUUUGGAAGGGAACUCCCACCGGGUGUCGAGCGGAUCCUGGUUCUAGACGCUACCGAUUUGGAGAAUCUACCUUUAUCCAAUGACGAUCCAAACCUUCCUGAUGGUGUAGAUGUUGAGCAAUUCUGGAGGGGCACUGGUCGCAAACCUACUAGAGUAUUGUUACGAAAAGGACGAAGUUCUCAGGCCGAAGGCGCAGCGCGGGCCGCCGCCGUCGCAGCGGAGGCUGCUGCCAAGGCUGCUUUGGCCACCAAAGAAGCCAUCGAGACGGGUGAGGCUGAGAGUGCGGCAGAAGCAGCCAUGGAAUACCAUAGUGCGGCCCUGAAAGCCACGGAGAUGAUUCAGGAAGAACUAUCCAAAACGCUAGAACGCAAACAACAACUACAGUCAUUUGGAGUCGUUGUCGAAACUUUGAAUGGUCGGAACCCGAUCGAUGUGAUGGAGCAUCUAGGGAAGCGAAAUGGUUAUGGGUCAGUAGUUUGGAGGGCUGGCUGCUGGGGCCAACGAGGUGUUCAGUCUAUCCUUGAUGGAGCCUUCCAGUCAGUUUCUGCUCAUCUCGCGGUCGAUGCCAAUGGUGGUCGAUUUUGGCAGCAGAUGCUUGCGGAACGUGCCGUUCAAGGCGCCUGCGGCCCGGAAAGUCGCGUCAAGGUCUUUUGCUCAGAUGACGAUGUCUCUCUCGAGUUUUGUGACUCGCCCAACGCUGAUGGAGAUUGUGUCCUCACAAAAGAUGGUAGGCCUGUUCGGCAUGUACGACUGGACUGCCGCGUAGCACUAGUCGAUCGGGAGCGGUCUCGGGAGUUCGUCAUUGCCCCCACAAAACGACUCGAUAGAAAGGUUAUCGAAGAGGAAGCUCCGUGGUUUCUCUAGACGAUCGCCCCCAUUUCAUCGUGAACAAGAACUCAAAAAAUUAAUGUCAAACCCAAAGAAUUAAUCACCUUCUUGAAC